AUGCAGAUCUUUGUGAAAAAUUUAAAAAACGGCAAGACAAUUGCCGUUGGUGGUGUCGAGAGCUCAGACACCAUUGCCACUAUUAAGGCUAAGAUUCAACAGGAGGAAGAGAUCCCCCGAGACCAGCAAGUUUUGGUUUUUACUGGUGAACAGUUGAAUAUGCAGGUCUUUGUGAAAAUUUUAAACGGCAGGACCAUUACCAUAGGUGGUGUCGAGAGUUCAGACACCAUUGCGAUUCUUAAAGCCAAGAUUCAAGGUGAGGAAGGGAUCCCCCGAGAUCAGCAGCGUUUGAUUUUGGCUGGUAAACAGUUGGACGAGGGUUGUACUCUAGGUGAGUGCAACAUCCAGGACGAGUCAAAAGCGGAUAGGCGAAAGCGGCAGCUGCAACAGUGGAGGCAGUGGGGUUGA